UGGACGUUAAAGAUGUUGCUCUUAUCACCAUCGUCUGCCUCGCUAUUGUCACCGCAAAGUCGCAGCUACCAUGUCAACAGCAGAAGUACAAGACCGCACCGGCCACUCAAGGUUGUCAGCAUGGCAAAGGAGACCACUGAUGGUGGCAAUGGCAUCAUAGAGAAAGUUGCAAUAGUCGGCGGGUUAGUCUCCACCCCUGUAAUCGCCUGGUCUCUCUACACCCUCAAGACAACAGGGUGUGGCCUCCCUCCUGGGCCAGGAGGUUCAAUAGGAGCACUGGAAGGUGUAAGUUACCUGGUUGUUGUCGGAAUUAUAGGCUGGUCCUUGUACACCAAGACCAAAACUGGCUCCGGUCUGCCUACUGGACCUUUUGGGUUGUUGGGAGCUGUAGAAGGUCUGUCAUACCUGUCAUUGCUUGCCAUUUUAGCCGUCUUUGGAUUGCAAUUCUUUGAGAAGGGUUCCAUUCCAGGGCCUCUUCCAAGUGAUCAGUGCUUUGGUUGAGGACUCCCUCUAGAGGAUGACGUGGUUAAUUAGGGCCACCACAAUUCUAUCUUUGUUCUUUCUGUGCGUGGCCAUGGUUCAUUGGAAUUUCUGAACAAUAUUUUCCGGCACAGAUCAGUAUAUUCACAUGCAUCUGUCUCUACCUGUGCGUUUUUAGUGACUCCUAAGUUUUUGCUAUAUACACGUGUUUACAAAUAGUGAUUUUGCUGGCUCAA